AACCGCGAAAAGAAGCCGAUGCUCAUCAGAUCUCCCUACAAACAAGUUGUUUUAACCGCUUAGUAAUUUUAAUAUUUGCAUUUUACUUAGCUUAAAUGAGUGACAGGAGUGAAAGUGAAGAUGAGGGCUGCAGCAAGCGGAGAGUUGUCUAUAUUUACAGUCCGGAAUACAUCGAAACAUGUGACUCUUUAUCUAAAGUGCCAAACAGGGCGAGUAUGGUCCACUCAUUGAUCGAAGCCUAUGGUCUCCUAAAACACAUGAGCCUUGUUAAACCGCAAGUUGCCACAAUCGAGGAAAUGGCAAAGUUCCACACAGAUUCUUACUUGGAGCACCUUCACAAAAUCAGCCAAGAUGGAGACAACGAUGACCCCCAGUCCAUCGAUUAUGGUCUAGGUUAUGACUGUCCAGUUGUGGAAGGUAUUUUUGACUAUGCAGCAGCAGUUGGUGGAGCUACGUUGACUGCCGCCCAGUGUCUGCUGGACCAGAAGUGUGAAGUGGCCAUUAAUUGGGCUGGAGGAUGGCACCAUGCCAAAAGGGAUGAAGCGUCAGGUUUCUGCUACGUCAACGAUGCUGUACUAGGGAUUCUGAAACUAAGAGAGAAAUAUGAGCGUGUUCUUUAUGUUGACGUGGACCUUCACCACGGGGACGGUGUUGAAGAUGCCUUCAGCUUCACAUCCAAAGUCAUGACAGCCUCCUUACAUAAGUUUUCUCCUGGAUUUUUCCCAGGCACCGGUGAUGUUUCUGAUACUGGACUUGGUAAAGGGCGCUGGUAUGCGGUCAAUGUCCCGCUGGAGGAUGGCAUCAAAGAUGACAGAUACUAUCAAGUGUUUACAAGAGUGAUGCAGGAAGUGCGGGCCCAGUUCAACCCAGAGGCAGUGGUGAUGCAGCUCGGUGCCGACACCAUGGCGGGCGACCCCAUGUGCUCGUUCAACAUGACCCCAGUGGGGGUGGCCAAGUGUCUGCAGUAUGUCCUACAGUGGCAGCUACCUGCCCUGCUGUUGGGAGGAGGUGGUUAUAAUCUGGCUAAUACGGCUCGUUGUUGGACCUACCUGACUGCCUCUGUGCUGGGACAGACUCUUUCUUCUGAGAUCCCGGACCACGAGUUUUUCACAGAGUACGGACCAGACUACUCGUUAGAGAUCAGUCCAAGUUGCCGACCAGACCGGAACGACGCCAAACACCUGGACCAAGUCAUCAGCACCAUCAAAGGGAAUUUAAAGAAUGUGGUUUAGGAACCUCAGCCUCCUCCACACACACACACACACACGCACGUACGCACGCACGCACACCAUGUUUCCAAACCAGGUCGGCAAUCUGUGGCUCUAAUGAAGACAAUAUGGAGUUGGACCCCUUCGGCCUGAGGCACGGAGAGAACAAACUUGGGAUGAAAAGAAGGUUUUUGGAAAGCAUUAGCCGAGUGUUUCCAGGGAGUUUAGUAUAGUUGAUGUGUUUGUUGUACAAUGUUCACUGUUUUUUACUCCUUUUAAAGCCUGUUUGUUUGCUGUGUUCAGGGUCAGUAUGCAAACUCUGCUCAUCGAAGUUUGGAGAAAUGAGUUGUCGAGGAUCCGUCUGAUCACUCAAACCUUAAACACUAAGUGCAUAAACAGACUGUGAAGGUUCGUGUUUCACCUCGGUGCAGCUGCGAUUUUCGUCCUCUCUUGAGAAGAUGAGCAGUAAAACAGACGUCAGAGUAAAGUGUAAAUGUUCCACAGCCUGUUUCUCCAGUGUGAAAUAUGACUUUUUUAUUCUGAAAUAUGGAAAAGUUUGCUUCUGCUGUGUUAACAAAGUUGCUCCACGCUAUCAUAUGGACCCGCGGGUGGACCUUUCAAAUUAAACAUCUGGACAGAGGUUUGGAAUUCUGAAUGGAAAAUCUUAAUCGUCCUCCGGCAGACGGACAGAAACUGAGAUUACAUGAACGCAGUGUGACUUUUACACCGAAUCAGCAGUCUGGAUGUUUAUUCCACGUCAAUAAACGCAGAGGACGACGGUUUCACCUCCACAGCACCCCAGUCUCUGAGAUUAACUCAUCUUAUCUGCUCUUUAUUGACUUCGAAAUGGUCCUCAAGGACAUUUCGUUCUUGCAAAAGUGUCUACUUUUUUUUACCAGUGGGUUGUUCACUGAACUGUAGUUGUUAAUAAAUGCAUUCGUUUUGAACGUAUUUCACUCCUGUAGUCAGUGAGUGCUGCACUGAACUUGUCAUAGUUGAUGAAACGUUGUUAUUGAUUGUCCAAGCCAAAUUCAAGUUUUCAGUGUAAUUCAAAGUCAUUUUACCCAAAUCUGCUUUGAUAUUUUGCCUUCUCACCACAAGUGGACCAAGAGAUUGAAACUUCAUUGUUUCAAAUGCAUUGAUGCAGACUGUAAUGUUUUUAUUUUGACUGUUUUGUUUUUCCACUGAAGUCAAAUUAUUAA